AUGAAUACUCGUCGAUUGAAUUAUUCCAUGGCGACUAACAAUUCCGAUUAUCGUAUUGACUUAAAUCCUGCAAAUAAUCUCGAAGAAAUCGAGACCGUCGGCGAAGAAAUUCUUCAUCAAGCUCAAGCACCGACUCGCCCGUCACCACCACCACCAACGAAUGACAUUGCUAACGAUCAUCUUCAUCAGUUAAUUACACUUCUCAAAGAUAAUUUAACAUCGACCUUUCCUUUUGCACUUAUUAUUAUCCUCAAAGCUUUCUACGAACAUUCAGCCGGCAUAUUGAUGGUUGUAUUCUUCUCUGCAAGUAUUUAUCAUGCAAAUACAGUUUUAGUUCAACAAGCAGCUCUGAAAUCGUCUCGUCAUAUCUGGCCUGUCCUUCGAGUGAUAGUCAUUCUAAGUCUUUCUUUAGUUCUGUUCCUGUAUCUAUAUCGACAAGAGCAAUUUUAUUUAUGCCUCAUAUUUUCACGUCCAAAUUAUACAAAAUGGGAUCUGUGGACUCUUAUUUGGGUACUUUACUCAACGUUUUGUAUUGUUAAGAUGAUUGUGAUGAUUUGCAAAAGUCUACUGAUCGUUUAUCCAAUAAUAAGUGAUAGAGGAAAAUCUUGUUUAACAUAUCGCAAACGUGGAUCUUAUUUUUCUUUAAUCGAACAUUUAUCUCAAUUUUACAUAAGUUUAUUAACCAUUCGUCCUUGGAUACACUUUCUCUUAGACAAUAAUCAAGAAAAAUACAUUUUUUCAACGAUUCUGUUGAUAUUCUAUUCCCUGAUGAAACUAUUCAAUAUUUACAAAACUCUCCUUCAAUUACGGCAAUCAUUAAAACAAGCUUUUCAAACACUUCCAUUCCCAUCGGUAUCCAUUAACGACCUGCAAGAAACUAUGUGUCCUAUUUGUCAAUCCGAAUAUCAAGAUCCGAUUGUAUUAACAUGCAAACAUGUCUUUUGUGAAGAAUGUGUGACAUCAUGGCUUGAUCGGAACGCUUCAUGUCCACUUUGUCGAUGUAAAUUGCCCAUUGGACAAGCAAACUAUCGUGAUGGAUUCACUUCGGGAUAUUUGAUUUGGUACUGA